GCCCGCGGCGAGGCGGCGCAGGUCCCUCCCGCGCCCGGCGCUCCCGUCACACGGUUUCGCACCCUCUGGACUCAUUUCCAAAAAAGCAUUUCCUCCUGUCGCGGUCGGGUGUAAAAGCCUGUGUGGGGAGGGCUGGCGCUCACUCACCACGCGUCGUCGGCUGCCGGCGGCGGCGAUGGGGUGCCGGGGCACCCUGCCCGGGCGCUGAGCUGCCCCGACACCCCGCUGCGCCCACCGCCCCGGUCCCCUCGCCGCCCCGGCAUGACCCAGCCGCACUGGCCGCAAGGAUGAAGCGCUGCUGCCCGGGGGCGGCUUGGGUGAUCCUGGCAGCGCUGUGGCUGGCGGCGAGUGAAUCGCAGCCCCCGAGGUGCCGGGACCGCUCCGUGCCGCGGGGGCAGCGGGUCCUGGUGCGGCCGCCCAGCCGCCCGCGGAGGCACGCCACCAGACCCCCCUGCCCCGCCGGCAUGAACUGGAUCGAGGGGGCUCGCCGGUGCUGCACCCAGUGUCCCGCAGGGACGUUCCUGGUCAGACCCUGCUCAGGCCGCGGCAACGACAGCGUCUGCACCGCCUGUCCCGCCGGCACCUUCCGCGCCCAGCCCAACACCUUCUCCGAGUGCCAGGCUUGCUACGAGUGCGACCGCCAAGGUGAGCUGGCGGCGUGCUGUGCCGUGCCGCACGGUGCUGUGCCGUGCCGUGCCAGUCACCUCCCGUCUCCUGCAGCUUUCCAGAGAGUGCUGAGCAACUGCUCGGCCACCAGCAACGUCGCCUGCGGCUGCGAGCCCGGCCGCUUCCGCGACUGCCUCGACGAGCGCUGCAGCGACUUCUCCUGCCGGCAGUGCCAGCCCUGCACCGGGCGACUCAUCCAGCGGCCCUGCUCGGAGGCGCAGGACACGCUCUGCGGCAGCUGCAAGCCUGACUUCUACGCCGAGGGCAGCGAGUGCCGGCCGUGCCGCACGAGCGCCCCGGAGACGUGCGGCAAGGAGUGCCAGCGGGCGUGCGGCGGCGGCGGCGGAGGCUCGGGGUUGGAGUACGUCCUGCUGGCGCUCACCGGGCCCCUCUUCCUGGGCGCCCUCGCUAUCUACCACAAGAGGAAGCGGCUCCGGCACGAUGCCCCGGCGGGAGCCCUCCCCGCCGCGCCGCGGGCGGCCACCCCCGCAACCGGGACCGCGGCCACGUCGUGGUGCCAGGUCAGAGCCGGGGUGUGGGACGGCCAGUGCUGGACCCAGCCGUGCUCCCUCCAGCUGACGGAGCACGCCGCUGGCACGGCGAGGCGGAGCCCCGAGCACCGGGCCUUACUGCGGGAGCAGCCCGGUGGUGCGGCACGGCCGGGCGGCGAGCCGGAGCCCUCCGCCCCCCCGGAGCCCCGCGGCGCACUGCUGCAGGGCAGCCAGCUCUACGCCGUCAUCGACGCGGUGCCGGUGCGGCGCUGGAAGGAGUUCAUGCGGGUGCUGGAGCUGCGGGAGGCGGAGAUCGAGCUGGUGGAGCUGGAGGUGGCCCACAUCCGCGACCAGCAGUACGAGAUGCUGAAGCGCUGGUGCCAGCAGACCAGCGCCACGCUUGACCGCGUCUUCGCCGCCUUGGAGCGCAUGGAGCUGGCCGGCUGCGCCGAGGCGCUGCGCCGGAACCUGCCGGUAGGCCCCUGAGCCCCGGCCCCGCCGUCCCGGCAGAAGGGAGGUCCCGGCACCGCCCCGGCUCGCCGGGCGCCUCGGCAAGCCGUACCCCUAAGUAUUGUUACUUAUGCCGUGUAGACAUUUUAUGUCAGUUUUACGUCCCCUCCUCGCCCCCCCCCCGCCCGCCCCCCCUAUUUAUGUCCCCCCCACGCCCCCGCACACCGGCUGCCCGGCCGCUCGCGGGACGAGCGGGCGCCGAGCCCGCCGCGAACCCAUGGGAUAGUUCUCGAGGCCGCCCGCUGCCGGGCGUGCCUGCCCCGCCCCAAUAAAGUGGCGAG